AUGUCACACGCCCUGAGCCCUGCCAUCCUUCAACGCAUCGCGCAGCUUGCCAACGAUGAAACUCUUCCCGCUCUGCGCGCUACAUCCAGAGUCCUCCGCGACGAAGUCGAAGUUCGAUUCGCCGACGCGUACUUCACAAAUUUCUACUAUCCUAUAACACCAGAAGGUCUCGAGCGCCUCACUAAGAUUGCUGAACAUACUCUCUUUUCGCAAAAGGUUCGCAAUUGUAUUGGAGUUCCCGGAACCAAGCUGCCCAGGACACCUCAAUUGGAUAAAAGACUGGGAGACAUCUCGGCCGCCAUGCAUGGAAAGAAUUUUGGCAUAUUGUUAAUCGAUAACCAAUCACACUAUUGCCAAAAUAUAGAGGCAGUCAUAUGGGCGUUUCGCUUGGAGCGACACAAGCCUGAGACAUUCACCGUGGAUAUACAGUGCUCCACUAGCUCGAGCUCAGAUAUGGAUCGCGUCAUGCAGCGUCUCGAUGACAUCCGAAGGGUACUGCGCCAAUGCUGCCCCAUCGUCGUUCGUGUCCUGCGCGGAAGGUCUCCUGCAGCUCAGGUCACAACUUCUAUCACGCCACAGCGUCGUCGUACAAUCACUUACACUGGAACGCACACCUACUUUAUUCUGACACAAGCACUGUCGGAAGCCAAUGAGAGACUGGUCGAGCUCAAUUUUUCACAAUGGAGAUGGCCAGGACGCGACUCCUGUAACAGCCUGCAGCACAUCAUGAAAACUGAGAGUCGUUCCCUGCGACGCUUGACUAUCCGGGAUGCUCAUACCACCGAUUCUUGGAUGCACGAAGAACUCGUCGAUGCCAUCAUGUUAUGUCGUCUUGACUUCUGUCAUCUCAGCAACCUUACAAGCUCUGGGGAUGGUGUGGAGUUUAGAGGCACCCUCGAAGCCAGCGGAACGGACAAUAUAAAAGCUUGCCUGCAAGACAUGAAGUGGACAAGCAAGGCUGAAGAGAGAGUCAUCUCGAUUGCUGAUGUGGAAGGCCAGAUGAGUUGA